AUGCACCACCUGGGCGAUAUCUACUGCGAACGGGGAGUGCCAGAGAAGGUUGAAAAGUUGGUGCUUGUUGAGAUUAAGCAGCUGAGAGCUCGAGGCAAGCAACAUUCAAAAGCUUUCCGACGUCUGGCUCCGCCCUUGGCGGAGGCCUACAUCCGGCAAGAAAGACUAGAUGCAGCCAAGGCUGACCUUCGAGAACUUCUUGACAUCUUCGAAAGGAUGGCCGGUCAUGAUGUGUCCGAUCAAUUGAACCACGUUCGUUCAAUGAUCGGCCUAGCACGCGUCAAUUGGUUUCUGGCCCGACGGUCUGAAGCCCGUCAAACCUUAGAACUUGCAUUGGGUCUUACCGAAAGAUACAGAACCUUUACGAAGGGGAAUUAUUACAUAGGGUUCAUCAACCUCUUCCUUUCUGUUGUGAAUUUCGAGCUUCACAAGUUUGCGGAGAGCCGAUUGACUCUUGCGUCUGCAAAUGAUAUCCUCUGCAAAGAGGUUCCUCGACACUUUAUACCAGGACUAGGUUCAUAUUUCUUACAAGAUCUCCAGCGGAUUGAGGCUCUUCAGCGGCCUUGGAGCUCGAUUGGUGCAACUCAAUUCUCAACCCGCUUUCAACAAAGCUCAAAUAAAUCUGGACCGGAGGAGCCGAGGAGGAAUAACAAGGAAUCGGGAAAGGUUAUGGCUCGAGGGUGA